GAGAACCGCGGUGCAUUCUGGGAACAACAAACUCGACAAGCCGCCAUCUUGCCUUGUAACGUCUCAGGAGGGCGAAUUAAGGAUCUAUUCGAAUGCGAUUUGGACCAGAACUGGGUGUUUUCAUCUAAGUGCAUUGAUCUCUUCCUGUAGGUAGCGAGCUAGAGGAGCAGCCGUGGGAGUGGGCUCUGCAGUACUGUCCUCAUAUCAGCCCGGUCAGACUGGUCGCCAUGGGCCGCUCACGGAGCCGAAGCACGUCCCGGUCCAAACACUCCAAAAGCAGCAAACACAGCAAAAAGCGCAGCCGCUCUCGGUCCCGGUCCAGAGACAGGGAGAGGUCAAAGAAACGAUCCAAGUCUCGGGAGGCUAAGAGGAACCGGCGCAGGGAGUCCCGCUCCAGGUCCAGGUCCACCACAGUCUCAUCCCGCAGAGAGCGAGCAGCGUCUCCCCCGGAGAGGAUCGACAUCUUCGGCAGGACUCUGAGCAAGAGGACCGCUCUGGAUGAGAAGCAGCGGAAGGAAGAGGAGGAGAGGAAGGCAGAGAUGGAGAGGCAGAGGAAAAUCCGCCAGCAGGAGAUCGAGGAGAAGCUGAUCGAGGAGGAGACGGCCCGGCGAGUAGAGGAGCUGGUGGCCAAGCGGGUGGAGGAGGAGCUGGAGAAGCGAAAAGACGAGAUCGAGCGGGAGGUUCUGCGGCGCGUGGAGGAGGCCAAGCGCAUCAUGGAGCGGCAGCUGCUGGAGGAGCUGGAGAGGCAGCGGCAGGCCGAGCUGGCGGCGCAAAAGGCCAGAGAGGAGGAAGAGAAAUCCAAGCGGGAGGAGCUGGAAAAAAUCCUGGAGGAGAAUAACCGCAAGAUCGCCGAGGCUCAGGCCAAGCUGGCUGAAGAACAGUUACGGAUCGUGGAGGAGCAGAGAAAGAUCCACGAGGAGCGCAUGAAGCUGGAGCAGGACCGCCAGCGGCAGCAGAAGGAGGAGCAGAAAAUCAUCCUGGGGAAGGGGAAGUCCAGACCCAAGCUGUCCUUCUCUCUGAAGGCUGCAGAAUGAGACUCAGCCCCCCCCCCACAUCCCCGCAUCCAUGCGCCACGCCCUGCAUCCCCUCCCUCCCCCGCUCCAUGUCGUCCGCUGCCGAAUGCUCGCUUCAUUUUGGAAGUGCUAAAGGAAAGCUUUGGAACGUAACUGAUGGACCUGAAGAGGAGGACGCUCCUUCGUCGCCCCGGAAUGACUCCUCCUGUUUGCUCUUUGCUUUUUAUUUCACUUUUAGAGACCUGGCAGUGUGGACGUAGUUCAGACGGCGUGUCUGGAAGUCUUACGUGUUCUGUAACGCCGGCCAAUCGGCGGGCGGCCCGGUUUAGAGGUCUGUGACUCACCGGCAGGUCGGGGGUCGCCCCGUCCUCCUCUCAUUCCCGUUUAAAAGGAUUUUCGCCUCCAUGUCUUCCACGCCCGCCUCCUCUCCAUCUCCUGCUCCGCCGCCGACGGACCGGGCCUCGGAUCCCGACCUGCCGGUGAUCGACCCAACGGGGAAAACCAUUUCCUGUCUGAUGUAACCUUUUUACCCUCCUCACAGUUUAACCGUCUUAUAAAAGCGAUCCGCCGUUAGAAAGGAGAGAAUGUGUGGAAAAAGCUAAAGGUUCUGUUCUCACUCAUGUUGUAGUAAAUUAACUUGGCGCCUGUUGGUAAGUCUGAGUCGUAGAGGAAACACGGGUUCAGGUAAGACGAGGUCAGAGUGCGUGUGAGUCGGUGUGUGUUCAGGUGUGAGUGUGUGUGAGUGGGCCUGGCCUCAGGUGGGUAUCAACUUUAUUCUGUGGACUCUUGUUUUUUUUUUUUUGUGAGUUUUUUCCCCCCAAUUGUCAAAAGGACUGAACAGAUCAAUAAAUCCAUUGAAUGCCAA